AUGAAGGGUAGCUUCGACUUAUAUGCUGUGCAAUUAAGGAUCUUUUUGACUAGAUUGGGACUUUGGGGAGUUGUCGACGGCACGGACGCGCGCCCGCUUUUCGAUGUCGAGGCCCAGGUGGCUUUUGAUUCUCGCGACAAUGCAGCUCGGGACGCGAUCUUGCGCGGUGUGCCGGAGGUGGAUGUAGAGAUGAUCUGUCACGAGGCUUCUGCGAAGGACAUGUGGAUCAGCUUUGAGAACAAGCAGACCAAGCGUGAGUACGCGAAUUACAUCUUCGCCCGUGAGCAGCUCUAUUCGAACAAAUAUACUCCGAGCCCCCGCCUGCGGUUUGACAGUCCGUUUUUGGGUAUGGAGUUGCAGUGGCGUGAGCUUCAGCAUUACGGCAAGGUGAUUAGUGAUGAAGAAUUUGCAGAGAUCUUGCUUGGCAAUGUGUCGCGGACUCACCGAGAGGUGGUUCGCCAGUUUUCUCGGCACUAUGCGGUUCUUGCCGUGCCAGACACUCACCAACUGGCUCCGACAGCAGCCCAGGUCAUGAAUGCGCUGCGCGCAGAGGAGGAUCUGGAUGAGAAGGUCGCUGAGGAGAUGCCUCAAUCCAGCAUUAGCUCGGCGAAGAAGAAUUCGAGCAAUUCUUCGGGAAACCCAAACUCCGACAAUUCUGGCAAGGGUAAUGCUGGAAAAGGAAAACGCCAGCGAGGCCGAGGUCGCUACAAGGCCCAAGGCAAAACCCAAGAAGGGAAGUCUGCUGGAGGCAGUGGUGGCAAGAGGAGUGAUGGUUGCUGGAACUGCGGCGAGCUCGACCACAUUCGAGCUCACUGCCCCUACUCAAAGAAGAAUGAUGACUCGCAAGGGCAGAGACCGUGUGCUGGCAUGGAGGCUAAGCGGUUCCAGAACAAAAAGGGCGGCAAUUCUGGAGGAGUGACGCGGAGUGUUGAUGCACUGACGUAG